AUGAGCCUUGGCGAUAUUCAACCAAACGCCACAGAUGAGGAGCUGCGAAAUCGGAUGGCCAAUGUGCAAAAAUGUGACUACCGCAAGCCCUGCGGUAACUGCGUCAAGGCUGACGAGCAAUGCUACGCUGCGUCUUCUACCCGCCCAUUACAAGAUCUCGUGACAACACAAGGUCCGCUUGUCGUUCGGUCAGAUGAGAUGGCUGCCCUCGACGAGCGCAUCUCCCGGAUUGAGCAGAUGACCCAGCAUCAGGGCUUGAGAACCUACCCUAGCGAACCUGGAAACUCCCAGGCUCAUGUCCAGGAAAGACCGGGUCUUGAUGCCACCGCUGCAUCGCCCUCCAUCCUCGCGGACCCGUCGCAUUUGUCGAGAAGUACACCGGCUAUGGCACUGUUGGCUGCCUUUGCGGCACCAAUUUCAGAAAUCGGUUCGCCCAGUGUCACGGUAGACGCUAGGCAAAGACCUUGUCCCCAAGGAGACCUCGAGGACAUGGUUGACAGCGCGACAGAGGAAACAUUAUUUAGUAUCUACAACGACAAAGUGCAAUGGCGGUACCCUUUCCUCCGCCUAUACCAACUAAGGAACCGUCACGAGCGAUCGUCUGAACCUUGCACCCUCUUCUUUAUCAGCAUGAUCUACUCGAUAGGUCUGUUACUCGGAAGGAGUGGCCCUAACCUAUUUUCUGGACUGAAGCAGGAAGAUUUCUACAGCAAGGCAGUCACGCAAUACCUCGCGUACGUCUUCAAGGACCCUGACCAGCUGCUCCACAUACAAGCAUAUCUCAUCAUUGCCAUGCAUGCUAUUUAUUCCCCUUCAACGGAGCGCAUUAUCACGAUUACCUCAGCUGCCAUGAGAUACUGCGUAAUGGCCCAACUCCACUGUGAUGCUGCCGAACCUGCUCCUGUAGAUGUUGCCGCGCGUAUUCGGAUCCAACUUCGCCGGCGCAUCUUCUGGUGUACCUACAAACUCGACCGAACGGUGGGUGGGACGUAUCACCUACCCAUGUCUAUUCCAGACUCCCAGAUCAGCGUCAAGAUGUACGCCAACAUUGAUGAUAUGGAGCUCGAUGAUAGGUGCAACAGCGCGUUUCCUGAUGAGGCCCAGGGAGUGUCUCGCUUCACGGAUGUCUCGGCGGCUCUGCACGUUGUCUACUGCCGCCAGAUCCAAAGUGAAAUUCUCAACUCUACACUUCACCGCGAUUACAGUCAGCAUCUUGAUCGGAAUGAUGCUUGGCGCCUCCGGGUCCUGGAGAAGCUCGAUCGCUGGAGGUCACUCUGGGAGCGUUAUGCUGACACGCCGUCGCAAAACCUUGCCGGCAGUGACUGGAUCAACAUGAUGUACAGCUACAGUCUCAGCAUGCUGUAUCAGCCUACCAAGACUUCUGUCUUCUACUCAGCAGGGACCUGGACCGUAAAGGCCUGCAUGCAGGCAUGUCUCAUCUUCCGAAAGUUUCAAAAGGACACCACCGUUACGGACCUCUGGCUAGGUCUCAUUGCCCAAUUCAAGUGUGGCGUGUCUCUUCUGUAUACAUUCUUUGCUACACCGCCUCAGAUAAGGCCAGCUGCAUACGAGCACCCCGACGUUGCUGAGGCUGUGAGAGCAUGCAGUAUCACUCUCACGCUCAUAGCCGAGCGUUGGCCUCAGGCCAGGUGCAUCAGAGACACGUUCGAUAUUCUUGCUCGUGAGGUUCCUCUGUUCGAACAUGCAUUAGCUAGAACGGCCACAACGGGACGGAGAGUGAGACCGGAAGCUAGAAAGAGUCUCCUCUCGUUGCUCCAGCAGAUUGAGCCAAUAGUUGUCCAUAGAGAUACUCUACGGAUGAUCCGGGAGAUUGCGACAGAUGACUUUCCUUUUCAUGACCAGGCGCCACAGGCCACUGUAAUAGACCAACCGAACAGCACUUCGCAGGAGCAUAGUUACGAGUCGCCGUCACAACAAUUAGAGAUUGCAGUCGACUUUUUCCAACCACUGACGCCGUCUGCGUUACAGCUGGAUAUUGCUGGGUCUGGACUUCAAAGCAUUGGAGACUCGUCCAUCGAAUUCCCUGCGUACUUUGACCUGGCAGACUAUCUAUGA